CAGUUUUUUUUACUGUGAAAUCUACAGAUGUUUUUGUUUGUAUACAGCGCAUUACUGUACUGUAAAUAAAAUUUUUUUCCCACAACUGUAAUCAGUCACCACAAUUUUACUGUCAAAAUAAAAGUGGUAUUGUUUUUGCCUUUAAAGUAAUUUGGUGUGAAAAACACCAUACAUUGUACAGUGAAAUAAUUGUCAUUAGAAUUUUAUUGUAUCAUUUUUGGUGUUUUUUACACUGAAUUAUUAUAGAAUGGGAAAAAAAAAGAGGUUAUUUUUAAGGUUAAAAUCUGGUGACUGCGCUGCCGUUUUUCUUUUCUACUGUAAAAAUCUACUGAUUUUUUUUUACACUGUAAAGUGGGAUGAAUGAAGUCUACAUGGUUGCCAAAGUACCGCCCCGGGUUGCACAUUUCGUCUCCUUUUUUAUUAGUUUGUGGCAUAAAAAAAGAGAAAAUAAAGCUUUGCAUUUUAAAUUUAAUGUUUAAUAUUUUUACAAAAAAAAAAAAAGUAAAUAUUUCUACAUAAUCCUGUUAAAAACUUACUUUUACAUGAAGUUUAAAAAAAGGGAUUAAAUGGGAGUUAUCACAGAGCGGCAUGUGAUGAAGCGCUUCAUCGUCGUUAUGGUCACAUUAUGCACGGUCACGCGGCGAUAAGCUGACGUUUGACCUUUGCCCUCCGAGAGCGUCACAGUUAAUGAUUGCUGCCGAGUGAAGACUCGAGAAGGUGCUAGAAGUCCUUCUAGUGCGUCUUCUAGCAUGGCUGCGGCAGCACGGCAGGGUGAGACGUCCCGACCACACAUGGACCUCAGGGGGAGGAUCGCAGAGCUUUUCACCUGGCAGCUGGCCAAGACGCUGGCCAUGGGUCAGGGCCUGGCAGUGCUGGUGUGCGGCACGGCGGUCGCCUCGCAGUACCUGACCUCCGACUUCCACGUGGACACGCCCAUGCUGCAGAGCUUCCUCAACUACGUGCUCCUCAGCGCCACCUACGCCCCCAUGCUGCUCUGCAGACCAGGGGCUGGAAAUCUCUUUCAGAUUGUGAGGACUCGCUGGUUCCAGUACUUUCUACUGGGCCUGGUGGACGUGGAGGCCAACUACGCUGUGGUCAAAGCCUACCAGUACACCACCCUCACCAGUGUGCAGCUGCUGGACUGCUUUGUGAUCCCAGUAGUGAUGGUUCUGUCCUACUGGCUUCUGAAGAGCCGAUACGGGCCCGUCCAUUACGUGGCCGUGUGCAUCUGUCUGCUGGGUGUGGGCGCCAUGGUGGGGGCUGACCUGCUGGCUGGGAGGGACCAAGGCUCCACCGCCAACUUGCUGCUGGGUGACGGCCUGGUGCUGCUCAGCGCCGCGCUCUACGCCGUGUCCAACGUGUGUCAGGAGUACACGGUGAAGAAGCACAGCCGGGUGGAGUUCUUAGGCAUGGUGGGCCUCUUUGGCACCGCCAUCAGCAGCGUGCAGAUGGUCAUCUUGGAGCGCCACCAGGUGGCCGCCAUCCGCUGGAGCUGGCAAGUGGGUGAGUGUGAGCGACACAUGACCUGUUCUUCCCAGCAUGCAUCGCUCCUGACUGUGAAUGUUUCUUCCUCUCCAGCGCUCCUCUUGGCGGCGUUUGCGUCCUGCAUGUUUGCCUUGUACAGCUUCAUGCCCGUGGUGAUGAAGAAGAGCAGCGCCGCCGCCGUCAACCUCAGCAUGCUGACCUCUGACCUCUUCAGCCUCUUUUGUGGCAUCUUCCUCUUCCACUACAGCUUUUCUGCACUGUACCUGGUGUCACUGGUGGUCAUCCUCAUUGGCUUCACCACCUUCAACGCUGUGCCCACGCCCACAAGCCCCGACCCAACCUGCCAGGCAGGUCGCCAUGCCAAAGCUGUUGUCGACCCCACCAAACAGGAAGAGGAGCAAAAGAUGAGAAGCACUGAUGACAUCAUACUCUGCACUAAAAUGUGA